GUUACACAAGCUGCCUCCAACGUGCAGUGAGCAACAUCACCCGCGCUCCGCUGCACCGCCCCGAGGACCAUGGCUGGGUCUCCUGCACUGCUCCUCCUGCUCAGCCUGGGGCUCUGCUGCACCGGUGCCCAGGGACAGAGGAACAAGAUGGAGGCCAGGUUCCUCAACAGGAAUUUGAAGCACCCCCAGGAGGGACAGCAAUUGGAGCUGGAGUGCCUGCCUUACAACAGGGACAGCGGUGUUUCCUGGAUUCGACAGGACAAGGAUGGGAAACUUCACUUCAUCGUCUACAUUUCUGUGCUUUCUCGAACCACCUACCCAGGGAGCAAGACAACAUCUCUGCGCUAUGAGGCAUCAUGGACAGACUACACCUACAGGCUGGUGGUGAAGAGCUUCACAGCGCAGGAUGAAGGGACCUAUUUCUGCACCAGCAACAUCAACCAGAUGCUGCACUUCAGCUCUGGACAACCCGCCUUCUUCCCAGUCGCAACAACAGCAGCACCCACCACACACACAGCCACCACCCAGAGCAGCCAGGUCACCAAGAAGGACAUCUCCUGGAACAGCCAAGAUGCAGCAGCAGAACACAUCACACCCACUGCCAUCACCCAGAGAAGCCAGGUCACCACGAAAGACAACUCGCAACAGGGCCCUCAUGCAGGAACAAGCAAUGAGAACACACCAAGAUUCUACUGUAAAAUGGUCAUGUGGAUUAACCUGGCUGUCACCGGCCUCCUGCUCCUCACGGCCAUCACCAUCACCAUCACACACUGCCAAAGACCAAGCUCAGCGUAAGCAAGCAGUGCUGCGUCGCUGCUCAGCAGAAGGCACACAGGCGUCCUCCUCCAGCACCGCACUGAUCCCACCAGCAGCACACACAGCUGCCCUGAUGCAGCGCCGCCGUUUGGCUGCUCCUCCUGUGCUGCCCACCAGCACUGCACACCUCCCGCGGCCUGACAUGUGCUCCUGCCCCACUCUGCUGUGACACAGCCAGACCGCGGGCACAGCGCUGACCCGGAGAAGCCGGGCAGCUCCGUGCUGCUGUGCAAAAGGCACCGCUGUGCUGGACAGCUGAGCCUUCCGUGGAUCACCAAUAAACCAAGCAUAUCAGUACUCAGAUCUGAUGCCCCAUUCUGUCAAUUCCAAAGUCUUCCCUACAAGCUGGAUGUAACUUUUACAUAUUUCAAUGUCCAGUUUAGUUUAAUUCAUUAUUGCAAUAGAGGGCAGAGAGACUCAUAUUGAAACAUGCUAUCCCACUAAUGUUGGCAAAACCAAAAUUCCACGCUGAAGUCCCACUCCAAGUCAUGUUGGAAGAAAUGAGUGUCUGACUUCGGUCCAUGACAGAAACUCUCUCCUACCUUCUGCAACUCAGAUCUGCUGAGCAGGCACAGAGAAAAGUCAUCCAUGCUGCUGAUCUACAUUGCCUCCACAGGUGAAGGUUUUGGAGUAAAUCUUCACCUGGAGGUCCUGCUACUGUCUGAAGCUUUUCAGAAUAAAGUAAUUGCCAUUGGGACAGUCUUACUCGUUCUUAUUUGUUACUAGGACUAGAAGGACUGGCCUCAAGUUGUGCCAGGGAAGAUUCAGAUUAGACGUUAGGAAAUACUGCUUCCCCAAGAGAGUGGACAGGCUGCCUGGGGAGGUGGUGGAGUCACUGAAACUGGAGGCGUUCAAGAAAGGUUCAGAUGUUGUAUUGAGGGAUGUAGGUUAAUGGGAAUAUUGGUGAUAAUGGAACGGUUGAAUUGGAUGAUCCUCGAGCUCUCCUCCAACCUUGGGAAAUCUUAUGAUUUUACAGAACGGAGAAACUGCUUUGUGCUAAGAGAUACAAACACAGAACUCAGGAAAUGAAGAUCCCUGCCCCAGCUAAUUUGCUACUUAGGAGAUGAAAGAUGGAGACUCAGGAGUACAGUGGCUUCAUCUGUUCACACACAGGUGUCUCCAGUAGAGCUAAACUUGCCUGGGUCCCCCUCUGGCCAGUGGAGUGUUUGCCUGCUCGGAAGGGAUGCAUGACAGCCCCAUACUGCUCUGCUGCUCUCUCUCCACUGACAACAUGCUUUCAUCUUGCCUUAAAGUCAAAUAUUCACUGAUAAAUUCUUACAGGGAGCAGAAAGAAGCGAUUCCCCCAAAAGCAGCCCUUACGACUCAGCAAUAUUGCCCUCAUCCUGCAUGGCACUCACAGUAGAAUACAUCAGAAGAGGCAGGGGCAGGAUGUAUCUUUGGUGUAGGAGUGACUCACAAAGAUAUACAACAAAUCAAAAUCUGAAUAUGAAGAGGAAAAGGAGUCCUCUGAACAGUGACACUGCACCCAGAUUCUGAGCACAUCACAGGAUGCGGUGAGCUCAUGUGGAAAAAACACCUUGGUGAGCCACAGGAACACUUCUGCACUUGGGAGACAAAUAUCUGGGUUCCUGUUUGGUAUCUGGGAUUGACCCACAGUGAAAUAACGCUGUCAGUAGGGCAGAGGAGAGAAGUAAGAAGUCCCUACCAAGAAAGGCAAGCUCUCUUCCUGGCUUACCCCAUUCUCCACUUGUAGAGGUUCUCCUAACACAUCUCUGAACACGAGAUGCUGUGGGUGGGCUACCAUGCUCCAUGGCAGGGUGAGAACCCAGUCCCAAGAUACAUUAAACCUAAUGAUUCCAUCUCCAGGUCCCCGUCCUGUCCAACCACACUGAGCCACUAAAAAGAGAAAUUUUACUAGUUGGUCACAGUGCUGGUGAAAAGCAGAAGCAGCUCAGUGCAGCACUUCACAAAACACGGUACGGCUUCAGCCAUCCGCAAGGCAUGCCCACAGCUUCAGCUCCUGCCCCACAUACCUCCAUCAGGUGGUAAAACCGGGCUCUCCCAAAGCUCCUGAUCUCAUUGCAAAGGCAGCGUGGAUUCUGCUUAGCUUGAGGAGAAUAAACUGACAGCAGGAGGAGCCCACACAAGCAGCGUAGCUCAGAUGUCUCAAUGGCAGAUGGACUGUUCACAUUUCCUUGAUGGGAUUUCAAGCCAUACAUGCUCGCAGUGGUAUUUGAUGGAUCCAACAGAUUCUCUGAUUAUUUUGUUAAGCUCUGCUCCAGCUCAUGCAGACGUCACAAGGCUCACAGCCUCGUACCACCACAAGCCUCUCAGAGCUCAGCAGGCUUCACUCCGGCUUUCCUCACUCACCAAAGUGCUGCGAGGCCCACAGAAAUGAGACCUCACUGAGAAUUGCAGGCACAGCCAUCCAACCAGAUCCAACCAGGUGCGUUAGUUACACAAAAACAAGGCCACAUAGCUGACCAGUUUUAUCAUUCUUUUUGCUUCUAUUUUUAACAUUCUAAUAAAAGUAUUAAAAAUCAAACUGAUUUCUUAUUUAUACGUUAAGGAUUUAUCACAGAAUCACAGAAUGGCCAGGGUUCAAAGGGACCUCAAGGAUCAUGAAUCUCCAACCCCCUGCCACAUGCAAGGCCAACAACCUCUGCAUUUAAUACCAGAAUAAGCUACCCAGGGCCAUGUCCACUCUGGCCUUGAACACCUC